AUGAACGACGACUUCUGCCGGGCGCUGGCGGCCCGCCGGCCCGCGGCGCCCCCCGGUUGCCUGCCGCUGGGCAUCGGGCCCCCUCCCCGACCGGCGACCCCGGCCCGCGCCGAGCCUCUGGGCGCCGUGCCCUUCCUGCUGUACCCGGGCGCCGCCCGACCGCCCUACUGCGACGCCUACGCGGCCGCGUUCCCCGGCGUGCCCUUCCCGGGCGCCCUGGGCGCCUGCCACUACCCCUUCGAGCCCGCCUUCCUCCAGAAGCGCAACGAGCGCGAGCGCCAGCGCGUCCGCUGCGUCAACGAGGGCUACGCGCGCCUCCGCGGCCACCUGCCUGGCGCCCUGGCCGAGAAGCGGCUCAGCAAGGUGGAGACCCUGCGCGCCGCCAUCCGCUACAUCAAGCACCUGCAGGAACUGCUGCGCGUCGCCCCCGACGGCCCUGGGCACCGCGAGCCCCGCGGCCGCGCCCCACUGGCGCCCGACUCGUCCGAGCCGUCGUGCUGCUCUUCCUCGCCCUUCUUCGAGUCGGAGGACUGCAGCCACUGACCGGGCUGAGGCCGCCCGGGGUCGGGGUGCUCAAGCGUCCGCGGCACCCUCCCUCCGCCAGCGCCACCACGGCCCCGUCCCUUCCAGCGGGGGCACGAGAGAGGCCAGAGCGGCUGUCGGGGGGCGGCGAGGGCGCGCGCCCCGUCCAUGCCGGCCACCCCCGGGUCGGGCUCCGACUGGGCCUCAGCCCCGCGCAGGGAAGGUCGGAGGUGCCCCGGUCGUGGAGGUCCUGCUCCGCCCUCCGUGGCCACGGGCGCAGCCCAGGAGGCGAGUCUGCUCUGGUCCGCACGCCACGCCCCUGCUCUCCACGAGAUGGCCUCAGAUGCCAGCGUCCGCUUCGAGGACUUGCUUGUCACCUCCCCCACCCCCCGCCCCCCAGAGGAGCCCAGAGGGAGAGGCGCAGGCCAGAUUCAGCGUGCACUCAGCCCAGGAGGCGGCGGAGUGUGUGCGUUGGUGGUGCCCUCCGGCUUCCUUAAUGGAGGGCCUUACCCACCCCACGCCCCAGUGUGGGCCUUUCCUUCCCCCCUCCCCCCGCCCCUGGGGUGGGUGAGGACUGCGUGUUCCCCCCUCAGACUGUACUCUGUGGGCAUGGGGACCGCAUGGGUGUACCGGCGCUGUGUUUGCACGACGGGGCUAAAUAAAGACGUUGGGUUUUGUGA